AAACUCAGUAGAAUAAAAAGGAUGAAAUCACUAGAGAAUCUCGUAUUUGCAUUGCAUGAUUUUGAGGCAGUUAGCCCAGAGGAUUUACCAUUAAAACGUGGGGAACAGAUUUUUGUUUUAAAAAAGGACGAGGGAUUUAAUGAUGGGUGGUGGGAGGGUCAGAAUAUGGAAGGCCGAAAGGGCUUAUUCCCAGUUAUAUACACUAUGUCAUAUUCUGAAUUAGUUAAAGUGCUUUUAUUUGAUCCUCUUUCUCCAAAAACUCCAGUAGAAACAACGAAAGAGGUCGACUUAAUGAAAACUACUAUUUCUAAUAUUGAUGAUUUACUAUCAUAUAUUGACCGUAGUGGUUUUAAAAACAUGAGUCUUGAAGAUUCUAGUGUAGAUGUUUUGAGUUGGACUCCACAAGAGGUAGCAUCUUGGAUUGAAUCGAAAGGAUUUGGAUCUGUUGCAGACAAAUUUAUUGAGCAUGAAAUAACAGGGGAUAUUCUGAUUCAAAUGGAUUAUUCGCAUUUAAAAGAGUUAGAUAUCCUUAGUUUUGGAAAAAGAUUUGAAAUUGAACGUGAAAUUAAAUUACUUCGAGAUUCAUUGUCUAUUACUACGGAAAAGCAAAUAAAUGAGAGGAUUCUAAAAGAUGAUACACGAUCUUCUCAAUCUAUGAUUACUGCUAGAAAUUUUCAGUCUGAAAAAUCAGACUAUGCACAAUCUAUGCAUAGUAUUAAUUCAGCGUCAGUUAAACGAAGAUCAUAUGAAAAUAGUUUUUUGCAUAUGAAUAAUGUAUCUAUUGAUCACUCUUAUAGAAGUUCUCGUAAUGGAAUACCAUUAGACGGAAUUGGUGGUGCUGUUUCUAAACAUUCCUUAGACCAGUCAGCUUCUAUAUACGAUCAUAAAAUUGAAAUGCCUAAUGCUUCUGAAUGUUCGGAAUCGUUAAAAUUACAUUCUAGAGAUACUGAAGUUACUGUUAAUAAUAAGAGUUCAUGGAAAGUUACUAACAAAUUGAUUCGUGCGUACAAAAGAAAAUCUAAACCUUACGUUAUGGUUGGUCGUUUACAAAAAAUUGACAAAGGAUUUGAUUAUAAAAAAGCAGCACGACUUUCCAAACAUGUGAAUCAAGAUGUUCUAAAAGCAUGUCCAUAUGGAAAUUAUAGGCAAAUGGAUACUAUAACUAUGUUGAAAGAAAUACAAUCUUAUAACACUGCUUCUAGCAAAACUUUUAAAGUAGAAAAAGACGCUUUAAAAGUACCUUUAAAAAAGCCAAGCAAAGUAUCAAUAGCUAAAAAAUCUUUAUUAAAAAGAGAUCAAAAAGUGCCAACCGCUAUAAAAGAAGGUAUUAGACAUAUUUCAGUACAUGAUGCUAUAAAAGAAGCAGAUCAUUAUGGCUGGAUGCGCAAAAAAACAGAAAGAUAUGGGCAGUGGAAACUUCGGUUUUUUUGUUUGACUGGAACAAGACUCUCUUAUUUUUAUAGUGAAGAUGAUGUUGGAGAAAAGGGAUUAAUCGAUAUUAAUUCUUAUCGAGUGGUUUCAGUGAAUAGUCGGUUUUUCUAUGGAGAAAGGAAGUUUUGUUUUAAAAUUAUUCCUCCUGUUCCUGGUACAGCCAAAGGUAUUAACUUUACGUCGCCUAAAGUUCAUUAUUUUGCGACGGAUACUUUAGAAGAAAUGAAAGAAUGGGUUAGAGCACUUAUAAAAAUUACAAUCGGAAGAGACAAUUCGGUACCUGUCUUAUCAUCUUGUAAAGUUCCGACGAUUUCUCUCAAGGCUGCUAAAGAAAAAAUAAGUGCUAAUAUUUUGAUGAAUGAUAAAUCUGAGCCAGAGUCUUUAAGUGAGAAUCAUUCUAAAAGAACCUCUUAUCAAGAGCAUGCUAUAUCUUCUGGAUUAACUAAAUCCUAUCAUGCCGAAAACGCUCUGGAAGACCCAAAUCCCACUGAGAAUAGUAGUUUUAUAAGUGAUAUAAAAUCUGCAUGGGAAAAUGUUGAAAUUCUUGCUAAUAGUACUCAAGAAUGAUUUAUAAGAAUCCUUUUGAUAUUUUAUAAUCAAUGUUAUUAAC